AUGUCUUUCACAGUUCUAUCAGACAAAAAUGUCAACCAUAUUCUUGACACCCUAGCGUCGUCAGAGGUCAUUGAGUUGGCCAAUGCCUUGGAGAAAGCUCUCAUCCAAUACUCAUGUAACAACGAGCAACAAUACCAGCCUCAUCGGGCUGUUGUCGACCGUGAUGGACAAGUCAGUCUAUUUAUGCCUGGAACUACCGACCAGCUACUCGGCGUAAAGAUCGUCGGAAUCACUCCAAGCGAGAAACUGAAGCCUUCAGAAGCCGGUCUCAAGAGUGUUUUGACGUUAUGCGACGCUAGAGGCCAUGCCAUAGGUACUUUGAAUGCAGCUGCUCUGACCGCGUUUCGAACCGCUUUGGGCUCAAUGCUUCCCUAUCGAUCCAGACGCAAGACAGAAAACAUUGUUGUGUUUGGGGCAGGAGCACAAGCUAUGUGGCAUAUCCGAUUGGCACUACUGCUUAAGGAGAAGGACAUCAAGUCAGUGACUAUUGUGAACCGUUCUGCUGAGAGAGCUCAGCAAUUGGUUGAGUCGCUCAAGGGAAACAAACAAUCUCCAUGGCCUUCACACAUCAACUUGGAGGUCUUUGACUCCAAGAAUGACCUCGAGUCUCUGGUCGUCGAUGCGGAUGUCUUGUUCUUCACGACCCCCAGUACUCAACCUGUGUUUCCUGCAUCUUACCUCACAUCGGAGAAAGCUAGAAGCAAAACUCGCUACCUCGCAGCAAUUGGCUCAUACCGUCUUGACAUGCAAGAAAUUGAUCCCGAACUACUAAAGACAGUCAUCGACCCGUCAGGUCCUUUUGCUGACGUUGGAUAUCAUGGGUCCUUAGCUGUUGACAGCCGCGACGGAUGUCUACAAGAAGCUGGAGAGCUGGUCAAGGCUGAAAUACCUACGGAUAAAAUGCUCGAGAUUGGUCAACUGUUCCAGACGAAGAAUACAGAAAACCCAGAUGAUCUUAACAAAUGGCUUGAAGAUGGGUUUGUCAUUUACAAGAGUGUUGGCACGGGUGUCAUGGAUUUGGCAAUUGGUCGGGAACUACUUCGGUUGGCCAAGGUCAAGAAUGUCGGUUUGACUGCUGAAGACUUUUGA